GGGUACCGUGGGGCUAUAGGGGGAUACAUGUGAAAGGGGGGCACGCCACACGGACUCUGGCGAGGGAACACAUGUGCGUACAACGAGAUCCGCCGGGUGGAACCUCCGCGUUCGACAGUCAGAGACCGUCUACCACCUGCAGACAAUCACAACAUCCAUAGCCAAGAGAAAAAUUUCUCCUGGGACGAGACUCAAACCCGCACAGCGCACGGCGACUGAACA